AUGGCGGAGCUGGUUCUGACGGCCCAACAUCAGUCAACUCUCAAGCCAUAUGCAUCUAAUUUCCACGUCCUCCACGACACCACGUCCUCCCGACGCCACGUCCACCCGACGCCACGUCCUCCCGACGCCACGUCCUCCCGACGCCACGUCCUCCCGACGCCACGUCCCCGACGUCCACACGUCCCCCGACACCACGUCCUCCCGACGCCACGUUCUCCCGACGCCACGUCCCCGACGCCACGUCCUCCCGACGCCACGUCCUCCCGACGCCACGUCCUCACACGCCACUCCUCCGACCCACGUCCUCCCGACGCCACGUCCUCCCGACGCCACGUCCUCCCGACGCCACGUCCUCCACCGACGCCACGUCCUCCCGACGCCACGUACGUCCGACCCACGGUCCUCCCGACGCCACGUCCUCCCGACGCCACGCCUCCGACGCCACGUCCUCCCGACGCCACGUCCUCCGACGCCACGUCUCCCGACGCCACGUCCUCCCGACGCCACGUCCUCCCGACGCCACGUCCUCCCGACGCUCCACGUCCUCCCGAACGCCACGUCCUCCCGACGCCACGUCCUCCCGACGCCACGUCCUCCCGACGCCACGUCCUCCGACGACGUCCUCCCGACACGUCCUCCCGACGCCACGUCCCCGACGCCACGUCCUCCCGACGCCACGUCCUCCCGACGCCACGUCCUCCCGACGCCACGUCUCCCGACGCCACGUCUCCCGACCCACGUCCUCCUCCGACGCCACGUCCUCCCGACGCCACGUCCUCCCGACGCCACGUUCCUCCCGACGCCACGUUCCUCCGACGCCACGUCCUCCCCGACGCCACGUCCUCCCGACGCCACGUCCUCCCGACGCACGUCCACGCCACGUCCUCCCGACGACGCCAGUCCUCUCCUCCCGACGCCACGUCCUCCCGACGUCCUCCCGACGCACGUCCUCCCGACGCCACUCCACGCCACGUCCUCCCGACGCCACGUCCUCCCGACGCCACGUCCUCCCGACGCCACGUCCUCCCGACGCCACGUCCUCCCGACGCCACGUCCUUCCCGACGCCACGUCCUCCCGACGCCACGUCCUCCCGACGCCACGUCCUCCCGACGCCACGUCCUCUCCCGACGCCACGUCCUCCCGACGCCACGUCCUCCGACGCCACGUCCUCCCCGACGCCACGUCCUCCCGACGCCCGUCCUCCCGACGCCACGUCCUCCCGACACCACGUCCUCCCGACACCACGUCCUCCCGACACCACGUCCUCCCGACACCACGUCCUCCCGACAACCACGUCCUUCCCGACGCCACGUCCUCCGACGCCACGUCCCCGACACCACGUCCUCCCACCACGUCCUCGACACCACGUCCUCCCGACGCCACGUCCUCCCGACGCCACGUCUUCCCGACACCACGUCCUCCGACACCACGUCCUCCCGACAACCACGUCCUCCCGACGCCGACGCCACGUCGACACCACGUCCUCCCGACACCACGUCCUCCCGACACCACGUCCUCCCGACACCACGUCCUCCCGACACCACGGACGCCACGUCCUUCCGACCCACGUCCCGACACCACGUCCUCCGACACCACCUCCCGACACCACGUCCUCCCGACGCCACGGUUGA